AUGGCACGUACUCCAGUAAGGUUGAAUGUAUACGAUAUGUAUUGGUUGAACGACUACGCCUCAACCCUUGGAUUUGGAGUGUACCAUACAGGCAUCGAAGUAUAUGGUGUUGAAUAUACAUACGGUGGACAUCCUUUCUCAUUUUCUGGAAUUUUUGAAAACUCACCAAAAGAUGCAGAAGAGUUGGGUGAGAAUUUUAAGUUCAAAGAAAGUAUCCUCAUCGGCGAGACUGACUUCAGUGCCACUGACAUAAAACAUCUUAUCCAGAUGUUGGGAAGUGAAUAUAGAGGCGACAGAUAUCACUUAAUUUCAAAAAAUUGCAAUCAUUUCACAGCUGCUUUAGCUAAGACACUGACUGGUAAAGAGAUACCAUCAUGGGUAAAUCGACUUGCUACUGUAUCAAGUUCAAUACCGUUCUUGGAGCGUUGUUUGCCGCGAGAAUGGUUGACGCCGGUGGCGUUACAGCAAAGUCUAGAAGAAAGACGAAGAAGUGGGGAUUAUACUUCAGCAUGUAUUGAGCGUGAUCAGGAAACUACUGAACAAUCGAAAAACGGCGGAAGACGUGCCAGCCUGCCGCUUAGUGGCAGCAUCGGGACAAAAUUGUCGGCUAGUGGUUUAACGGCGAAUUGUUCAGCAUCAACAAAUCUUCUAAAUACUACAGAAGCGGUACGUUCCUAUAGUCCAGUGCCACAUUUAUCAAAAAUCUGGAAUUCAAUCAAGAAUUUUACUACUGAUGGCACUCAGUCAACAACAGCUGUUUCUUCAUCAUCCAGUUCUCAGUCCAUUCAUGAGGAAGAGGGAAAGUAA